AUGGGACUGCUGGCGCUGAAGCGGCUCGUGUCCAUGCGGCGGCAGGGCCGGCAGACCCAACCCCGUCGUGGUACGUCGACUGCUUCGGUGUCGGUCGCCAACAGAAACCGCUCGCGCUGCCAUCAAGACGGUGAUCCUCAAGCUGCCAAAAGGAUGAGACAUUCAGUGCCGGAGCUUCCAAAGGGAUCUUCAUCCAGUGAUGAAGUUGGAUCCUUUACAGAAAAUAAUUCCUUCGAAGCAUCUGAAGCUAAGCUACAGAAUUUGGACUCUUGUGAAAUUGAGGAAGAAAAUUGUUAUGUGGAUGAUGAAGAUGAAGGCUACUAUGAUGAUGAAUACGAGGGUCCUGAUUAUGAAUUUGACGGAAGUGACUUCAAUCAGCAAAUUGACUUGAAUCAGCAGCUGGAGUAUAAAUUUGACGAUUUAGAUCUGCCUCCAGGUGUGGAGGCUAGUGUACCAUUGUUGCAGAAAGCUAUAACUGAUGACGGGCCUGGCAAUUUUAAGUCAAUGUCAGGAAAAGAGGAUGAAUUUGGUAAGAAAUACAGGUUUUUUAAGCAGUUCGACACUGUUGAGGAUUUCCCUGAUCAUCAUUAUGCUAAAAACCCUGUUGGAAAGACAGGGAAAGGGUGGACAAAAAGAAUUCAGCAUGACUGGAAACUCCUGGAGAACAAUUUACCAGCGUCCAUAUAUGUUCGUGUCUCGGAAAAUCGAAUGGACCUUCUCAGGGCUGUGAUGAUUGGGCCCCAGGGGACACCCUACCAUGAUGGCCUUUUCUUCUUUGAUGCUCAAAUUCCCGACGCUUACCCCGCACGUCCUCCUGUUUUACACUAUCAAUCUGGAGGACUUGAGCUUAAUCCAAAUUUGUAUGCUAGUGGAAGAGUCUGCCUUAGCCUCCUGGGCACCUGGCGUGGCGAUGACUGUGAGAAUUGGAACUCGGCUCAGUCGACCAUGCUGCAAGUGCUAAUCUCCAUUCAAGCUCUCGUGUUGAAUGAAAAGCCAUACUUCAACGAGCCAGGAUUCGAGACCGAUGCCAAAUAUGCUAAUGGACAGAGGAGGUCCUUGGAGUAUAAUGAUACAACAUUUCAGAACUCGUGUAGGACGAUGCUGUACUCGCUUCGUAGGCCUCCACAGCACUUUGAAGAUCUCGUUGCCGGGCACUUCCGUGAACGCGGCCGUGCCAUUCUGGCUGCAUGUAAAUAUUACAUGGAGGGCAACAGAGUUGGGUCCGUAGUCCCUGGUGAGGACGAUGAGGGCAAGGAACUGGAAAUUGUAAAUGCUCAAGGACCCAGCAGCAGCGACGUGGUGAAGCCAGAGAAGCAUGAAGGUGCAGGUCGACGAACUGCAUCCUUCAAGGCCAAAAUGGAGGUUCUGUUUGAAGAGCUCCUGAUGGAAUUCAACGUGAAGGGUGCUCACACCAGGAAGUUCUGUGCCGAGAAGUUGAAGAAGAGCCAGCGUGAUGCUGCUUCCAGCUGCAGCAGCAGUCCAGCAGAUAUCUGUGGUGGUUCCAUAAUUAAGUGA